AUGCCACGACGUAAAUCUCCUGACACGGGUAAAUGUAAGGCCUCUCGUACCAGAAGCCUGGGUGGAUGCAACACCUGCCGAAGAAGGAAAGUUAAAUGCGGAGAAGAAAGGCCUAAAUGUCAACGAUGCGCUAGCACUGGAUAUGACUGCAAAUACAACCUCGUCUUGAAAUGGCAGGAGGAAUUUGCCAGAAGAGGUGCAGCCUUUGGUCGAUCCGGCGUAUGGAAGAAACUUGACCACCAAGGAUCGACUUCGGAUGUUCAUCAAUCUCCUUCUUACGAUCUCUCGUCUGAAAUGGUUACACAGUGCUAUAUCCCGCACAUAUCGCAUCAUCAUUUUGUAAACGGGACUGUCGAGAACUUUCACAUAAUGUUGUCAUGUGAUCAAGACGACCCAGCCGGAGUUGAACGUGAACUAAUGAAUACUGCCGUCGAAGUCACUACUUUUACUUCUCCUAGAUUGAAGUAUAUUCCAGCCUUUACAGCAGUACCUCCUAGAUACCUUGUCUCAUCUCCUAUCAUAUCAUCGUUUCCUCAUGUGGAUGACACAAAUACAACUCUUCUGUUCCAAUAUUAUGUAGACCGUCUAUGUCCGCUAACAACUGCCAAUCAGUCCACAAACUCACCAUUCGCAACAAUAGUUCUCCCUUUCGCAUUGAGUACAUCGCAAUCUACCCUGCAAUCUCUUUUAGCACUUUCGGCGUGUCAUAAGAGUAAAACAGAUGCAUCCUGGGGACCGGUUGCCAUGCAGCUUAAGGCGCGGACUCUUCAUUUCUUGCGAGGGAGACUCGAUCAAGGAGACUCCGUAGAGAUAUCAAGAGAUCCCGAAAUUAUUACCAUAAGUAUGAUCAUGUGCUUGUAUGAAAUCAUCAAUACAUGCGAUGAACAGUGGGUAGUUUACCUUCGAGGCGCGCGCGAUAUUAUCCGGAUCCGAAAACAAUUCCCAUUACUAGCCACUGAAAAAAACCAAUGGCAGCCCCUCCUUUCAUUCUCAGAACGCUUCUUUGCAUACCAGGAUGUCCUGGGACGAACAGCAUGUGCCGGUGUACCGAAUUUCAAGAGUUGCGCUUGGACAUCCAAAGCUCACGAAAUCGAUAUAUCGAUGGGCUGUUCCCCAGAACUCUUCCAUAUAUUAGGGUCAAUUACAGAUCUGAUCAAACUGAAACGUAAAGAUCCUAUGUGUGCUUCUGGAGAUUUAUUUAUCAACAAAGCUGCAGUUCUGGAGCAACGACUCGAUGGUCUCGUUCAGACCGUACAUCAGGAUGAUGACUGUGUAAUUUUGCACUCGGCAGAAUUGAAGCGACAGGCGACUAUCUUAUAUCUUCACUGCACUUUGUACAACGCAUCGCCUAGCACAGUUUCGGUUGUCAGGCGAAUCCCUGAAAUUCUUCAAAUCAUUUCCCUGUGCCUAGACAGUGGCCUUGUAACAAGUUUGACAUGGCCUAUUUUCGUUGCGGCAGUGGAACUCAAUCCACUAGAUGACAUAAUCGUGGUUAACAAUAGAUCUCUGUCUGGGAGAGCAUUUAUUCUCAGUACAUUGGCAGUAAUGUCAACUUGUACCAUUGCGAACCUCGAGAGGACUAGAUCAGUCAUUGUUGAUGUUUGGCAACGCAGAGAUUUGUCUCUGUUAGCAAACACGACACAAGGCGUUACAAGCGACUGGGAGGAGUAUGUUGAGCCUGUCAGAUGCGGAGUAAAGCUCGCUUCUCGCCUGGACCUUCAUGAUGUAGCCAAGCUAAAAGAUCAGCCAUUCAAUUGGUAUUCUAUGAUCGAUUAUUGGGAUACAUGCUCUCCUUUGUCAACAAUGUACUCUGUAAACAGGUCUACACCCAAUAUGUCUCAAGUUCCAAUCGAAGAUGUUCCAGGUACCGAAUAUCUUAUCGACGUUGAUCACUCAGUGGAUCAUUCUCACUCAGGAGGGGUUUCAUCGAAUAUUGUCAUGAUUCCUCGGCCCACGACCUGUAGUGGAGAUCCCCUGCUUUGGCCGCGAUGGAAGAAAUACUACCAAUUGUUCCUUGUUGCACUCUAUGCUUGUGCAUUCAGUUUCGGAGAAAACACCCUCGGAGCUGCUUGGGAGACUAUAUCCAAGGAUACAAAUGUUAGCCUCACUAACAUGAAUGGCGGUUCAGCUCUCAACUACUUACUACUGGGCUUCUGUAACAUAUUCUGGAUACCUGCAGCUAAAAGACUUGGUAACAGAUUUGUGUUUCUGGCAACGACCCUAAUUUGCAUGUGUGCCGGUAUUUGGCUAGGCAAAUUCCAAGGUACUGGAGAGUGGAUGGGUGCCAUGAUCUUGAAUGGCUUGGGUACAUCAGCAUAUCAGGCUGUAAUUCAAUUAACCAUAUUCAACAUGUUUUUUGUUCAUGAACGUGGCAGAAUGCUCGCAGUUUAUCUGUUCGGGCAACAACUUGGAUCCAUCCUUGGUCUCAUCUCUGGAGGUUCUAUCGCCGAUGGCCCUGGAUGGAGAUGGAGUCAGUACAUUGUGGGCAUUAUCGAUGGCGUCUUAUUUUUGCUCCUAUUUUUUUCCUUCGAAGAGACGACAUUUCCGCGCUUUCUAUUCUCCUCCACAGGCACAGAUCGAGAUCGAACUGUUGCACCAGCAACUUCUGGCACGGGUAAGGAAGAUCUGGAGAUGUCAAAUACGAGGCUAUCGCACAGUUCCACUUCGGCAGAAUUGCCGUCUUCAUUGUUUCCAAGAAGAACCUACCUCCAAACCCUCACGAUAUGGGCAUACCAGUCAGAUGAUACGACAACAUACUGGGACUACUUCAAACGUCCCUUCUUCCUGUGGUCGUUUCCUACAGCUGUUAUUCCGGGGUUCAUCUUCGCUUUUGGAUGCACAGCUGGGAUAGUAUCCUUCAAUACAGUAUCAGAGAUCUUUUCCUCUGAUCCAUAUGACUUCUCAUCAACGACCGUUGGCCUUAUUUGUUUCGCAACUCUCAUCGGAUCUACUAUCGGUUACUUCACUGGAGUGUUAUCUGAUCAUAUUGUUAUUUUCCUUGCCCGCCGCAACAAAGGAGUCAAAGAGCCUGAAAUGCGUCUCUGGACCCUUACCGCAAGUUUCGUAUAUGCGGCUGUUGGGUAUAUGCUCUAUGGCUGGGGUGCUCAGACGCAGGCAAGCUGGGUCGCAGUUUCGAUUGGCUUGGGAGCUCUAAUUGCUCAGCAAGUAAGCGCCUGCACAAUCGCCACCGCAUAUGCAAUGGAAUGUUUCCCCGGUCUUGCCGGUGAGCUAGUAGUUAUAUUGGCAAUGUGCAGCUCCAUGGUCAAUUUUGCAAUUUCAUACAGUGUACAGCCCUUUAUCAAUGCUACAGGAUACGGCUGGGCAUUUUUCUUUUUUGGAAUGUGCGUUCUAGCUAGUAUAUCUGGUGGGGUGCUUCUUAUGACCAACGGAAAGAAUUGGAGAAGGAAAUGUGCUCCAAGGUAUCGACAAUAUAUAAACGAGACAACCAUACCGGUCUCUUGA